AUGCCUUUCAAAACAUUACUUCUUGACACAUCCGUGUUACCAAAUGAUGCACUUUCAUUUUAUGAUGAUGCUUUUUAUCAAAUGGUAGAAAAAAUAGCAGGAUUGACCGAAGCUAAAUUAUUGGAGGUUCAAGGUAUUCGAAGUGUGUACUCUUUUCUCAAUACAGAAGAUGUGUUCGACAUUCUUUCAAUACCAUGUUCUGUUUUAAAAGAUAUAAAAACAUUAGUAUAUCUUGAAGCUGAUGAUAAUACUCUUAUAGUGAAACCAGGUUUUCGUAGUAGUAUUCAGUACCUGUAUCAACUCCUCCAUCAAAAACAUGAAGAGCAUAUGGAAGAAAUUGCACCUAAAGCAAAACGAAAUAAACAAAAAAAUACACAAAAAAAUAUUAUUACUUCUAUUGAUGUUCAUCAAGACCCAUUACAAACAGUUUCAACACUACAUACUCACCAACAAUCUAUGGAAACAGCAGGUUAG